AUGUCUACUACUAAAGAAACUAGUUCUAAUACAACAUUAAUUCAACAUCAGGAAAUACAUCCUCUUGAUCAGCUUUCUGGUGAUGAAAUCAUUCAAGUAGCUCAAAUUACUCGUCAAAAUAAACCUAAUAUUGAUUUUGUCUUUAAUACGAUUACCCUUAAAGAGCCUAAUAAAAAGCAAAUGCUUGUAUAUCUUGGAUGGGACAAAUCAAAUCGUGUCACUAAAAUUGAACGUGAAGCCCUCGUCAUUGCUCUUGAGAAAAGGACAAUGAAAUGCUAUGAAGCUGUAGUUUCUUUAACUCAUUCAUCCUUGAAAUCUUGGGUCUAUGUUCCUGAUGUUCAACCUAUUUUAACGAUGGAUGAAAUGUUUGAAGUAGAGGCGUUGGUUAUCAAGGAUCCUAUGGUGCGUCAAGAGUGUCUCGAAUUAGGAAUCAGAGAUAUGUCCAAUGUCUUUUCUGAUCCUUGGGCUAUUGCUCGUCAUGUGAGCCAUCCAGGACGUGAAAAGCGUUUAAUGCAAGCUCUUAUGUAUAUGCGUACUUGUGAAGAUGAUAAUCAAUAUGCCCACCCACUUGAUUUUGUUCCAAUUAUUGAUGUUGGUCUAAUGAAAGUGAUAUCUAUUGAACGCAUUAAGCCUAGAGAUUCUAAAUUUACUCGACCCACUAUUCCUCUCCAGCAACACAACUUCUUGCCUGAAUUUAUUGGAGAGGAAAAUUACCGAAAGGAUGUGAAACCGAUCAUCAUUCAACAGCCUCAUGGUGUUUCAUUUGUCGUGAAAGGACAUGAAAUAGACUGGCAAAAAUGGAAUAUGCGUAUUUCUAUGAAUUAUCGUGAAGGUUUAGUAAUUCAUAAUGUAAGCUAUCAAGACGGUCCUGAAAGGCGUCCCUUAUUUUAUCGUAUUUCGCUUUCUGAAAUGGUUGUCCCUUAUGCUGAUACAAAUUCACCGCAUCAUCGUAAACAUGCCUUUGAUGUUGGUGAAUAUGGUCUUGGCUUAUGUACAAAUAGUCUAGCCUUGGGUUGUGAUUGUCUUGGUUCAAUUUAUUAUUUUGAUGCUAUUUUUAAUGAUCAUGAUGGCAAACCUUUCCAUGUCCCUAAUGCAAUUUGUCUUCAUGAAGAAGAUUAUGGUAUUUUGAUGAAGCAUACUGAUUAUCGUAACGGUCGUGCUCAUACCAUUCGUUCUAGAAGAUUAGUUAUCUCUCAAAUUGUUACAGUGGCUAAUUAUGAUUAUGGGCUUUAUUAUUAUUUUUAUCAAGAUGGUACAUUCGAAUAUGAGGUUAAAGCUACAGGUGAAUUAAAUACACACGUUUUGGCUGAAGAUGAAUCAACUGCUGGGAUGGGCAUGAUUGUUGCUCCACAAAUUAAUGCCCAGUACCAUCAACACUUCUUUACUAUGCGUAUUGACCCAAUGAUCGACGGUCUUCGUAACUCUGUUCAACAAGUGGAUACCUAUUCUUUACCUUACCCUACUGGCCAUCCAAAGAAUCCCUUUGGUAACGGUUUUACAUCCUCAUACAGAACCCUGAAGACUACAAAGGAAGGCCAACAGAUGGCUAAUUAUGACACUUCACGUUUCUGGAAAAUCGUAAAUACCGAACGUAUUCAUCCUUAUAGUAAAACUCCUGUAGGCUGGAAGAUUGUAUCAGGACAUACAGCUCCACUUUAUGCAAAACACGAUUCACUAGUAGCUGAACGUGCUGGAUUUGCGAAGAAGACAUUAUGGGUGACAGUCUAUGACGAGCGACAGAUGUUUGCUGGAGGCUUCUAUUGUAAUCAAUCAGGAGGUAACGAUACGGUCGAGAUUUGGGCUAAUCAAGAAGAAGUCAAUAUUGAACAAACUGAUAUUGUAUUAUGGUAUACAUUUGGUAUCACCCAUUUGCCUCGAGUUGAAGAUUUUCCUAUUAUGCCAGUUGAAUAUUGUGGCUUUACUAUAAAACCAUGUAAUUUCUUUAUGGCAAACCCUGCAUUGGAUGUACCACCCACAAAUAAAAAGAUAAAUCAUUCAGUUCAUGCUAGAGAUUCUAUGAUCCAAAAACAAGACUGCUGCUCUAAUAAACUAUAA